GCAGGAUUGCUCUUCGACAGAAAUAUAGAAAAUGAAAGUCCUCCUGCAGGGUUUGACUGCUAGAAUCGUUGUAAAAUGAAGCGUCAACGGGUCAGAGCUAGUGCUAGUAGUGGUCAUGUUUACGUGGAGGAUCCAAGCACGGGGGACGAUUAUGAUUUACCACUCACGCAGCAUAGACCUGCCCCGAUCGAACGAUGGCUCGAAGCACAGAUACUACCAGGCGACACACUGCAAGCCAUCGCACUACGAUUUAAUUGUUCGAUUUCACAGCUGAAGAAACUCAAUAAAAUUGACAAGGACAAUGAGAUCUACGCACGGAAUGUGAUCCGUGUUCCAUUGACACCACACUCCGUGUUACUAGAAACACUUCCGCGUGUACAUACGAGCGGAAACAGCAGCCCAAAAAACAUCACAAACCAACCACCGAGCGUGAGUCACGUUCCGGCUGAAGGGAACGCUACUUUGGAUGAGAAAUUAAUUCUCGCCGCCGUGAGCAAUGCGUCGAUUCAACCCAGCAGCAAUGCUGCCACUAAACUGCAUAAAAAGUCUUCCGGAAAACACAGGGAUAUUGCCGGACAGUCGAGUGAAAUCGUGCUCGAUGAGUUGCAUGAGGACGAUUAUGACGGUGACACGCUGUCGAGCCAACCGCUGCUACUCAGUGGCGAAUACGACGAUAGUCUCCCGCAACCGCGAGCGCUCCGACUGCCGGCAAACGAUUUUUCAUGUAAUGGAAGUGAUUGUGAUAUUUCUUGGAUUUGUUUGCUCGUCUUUAUCCUAGCACUUUGCUUUGCUAUUCCUCUUAUUUAUGUAGUAUAUGUGGCGGAGCACAUAGAUAAAUAUCAUCACGAUAGUUUUAACGCAAACCACAGUGUUUAGCUGUGGCCACGGGACGGUAUUCUACGACGUAUUUUUGUUUCGUAGAUGGAUAAUUGUUUUGUUCUGUUAAUACGACCAUGGAAAAUGUCAUGAACUAACUGAUCAAUGUGAGCGGUGUCAAACAUCUGUAAAAAG